GGGCUUUCGGGACUUGUGCUGUGGAUACUGUUGUGGGCUUUGGGAUUUCAUGCGGACUUGAGUCCAAAUCCAGUCCGCCAAUCGCAUCCAGGGUCUCUCUCGUCGGCCUAUCCCAACGAAAUCUCUCCCAAUCCCUCUCUUAUCCCCUGAAAACCACUCACCGUCCAUUUCCCCUCUCCCCACCUCCGCGUCUCCUCACCAUGGCUUCCGCCUUCUCCCCCGCCACCGCCGCGCCCGCCGCGUCGCCGGCCCUCUUCUCCGCCUCCACCUCCCGGCCUCUCUCCCUCACCGCCGCCGCCGCUGCCGUCUCAGCCCGUAUCCCGUCACGGAGAGGGUUCCGCCGCGGCCGCUUCACCGUCUGCAAUGUAGCCGCCCCCUCCGCCACCCAGCAGGAGGCUAAGGCGGCGGGCGCGAAGGAGAGCCAACGGCCGGUGUAUCCGUUCGCGGCGAUCGUGGGGCAGGACGAGAUGAAGCUGUGCCUGCUGCUCAACGUCAUCGACCCUAAGAUCGGCGGUGUCAUGAUCAUGGGAGACCGUGGCACCGGCAAAUCCACCACCGUCCGCUCGCUCGUCGACCUGCUCCCGGAUAUCCGCGUCGUUGUUGGCGACCCUUUCAAUUCCGACCCUGACGAUCCCGAGGUCAUGGGCCCUGAGGUCCGGGAACGCGUGCUGGAGGGUGAGAAGCUUCCUGUUGUCACGGCCAAGAUCACCAUGGUAGAUCUUCCCCUUGGUGCCACUGAGGAUAGAGUCUGUGGCACCAUUGAUAUUGAGAAGGCGCUCACCGAUGGUGUCAAGGCGUUCGAGCCUGGUUUGCUUGCCAAGGCCAACAGGGGGAUUCUUUAUGUGGAUGAGGUCAAUUUGUUGGAUGACCAUCUAGUAGAUGUGCUUCUGGAUUCUGCUGCGUCAGGAUGGAACACCGUGGAGAGAGAGGGUAUCUCCAUCUCCCACCCUGCUCGGUUCAUCCUCAUUGGGUCUGGUAACCCCGAGGAAGGGGAGCUCCGGCCACAGCUGCUUGACCGGUUUGGCAUGCACGCGCAGGUUGGUACUGUCAGGGAUGCUGAACUCAGGGUGAAAAUUGUUGAAGAGAGAGCUCGGUUCGACAGGGAUCCAAAGGCGUUCCGUGAGUCCUACUUGGAGGAACAAGACAAGCUCCAGCAGCAGAUUUCAUCUGCUCGGAGUAACCUUGGUGCUGUGCAGAUUGACCAUGAUCUUCGUGUUAAGAUUUCUAAAGUGUGUGCAGAGUUGAAUGUUGAUGGAUUAAGAGGGGACAUUGUGACUAACAGGGCUGCCAAGGCGUUGGCAGCACUCAAAGGCAGGGACACUGUCACUGUAGAGGACAUUGCCACUGUUAUCCCCAACUGCUUGAGGCAUCGGCUUCGGAAGGACCCACUUGAAUCAAUUGACUCAGGAUUGCUCGUGGUUGAGAAGUUUUAUGAAGUCUUCACCUAAAUUAUUCUGGAGGUAAAUGGUUUUCUAUCAGAAAGUUCGGCAGGAGGGCUUUUGUUUGAGUUUAAUGACAUUGUUUCAGAGGCUUGAACUUGAUGUCUAUUUGUACAUCUAUCAUUAGUAUAGAUUUUAUUCCCCUUCAAUCGAAAUGCCUGCUAUGAGUUGCAGACGGUUCGUACAUUUGAAUCUUCCUUGUAGUCAUUGAUGCAGCCAAUGAUUAGGAAAGGAGCAUCUAAGUCAAGCUAACAUCUUAUAUUUCUUUUUGAAAAAAAAAAAGAAUCUUGCAGCAUA